GAGCUUUGCAAGGAAAGAUUGAAAGUAGGGGUUCACUCUCCACCGACCCCCACCCCUCUUACCCAAAACCAGAGAGUAUCUCACUCGUGCUCGGCUAGAAUCAGUUUAGCGUCUGAUAGCUCCGCGUUUGUUUGGCUUUUUCUUGUGUUGUCUGACGUUGAAAUGAAUUGUUCUGCUCAUUCAGCGGCGAAUUUGUGAAUUGAUAUUAGUCAACACAGUUCAGCUCCCAUCUCCAUCACCAGACUAUAUUUAGCAAGGAUUCCUUUCUUUUCAGCAAUAAAAGAGGAAAUGACGUCGAAUGCUAUUCGUGGGAUAAGGCGAAAAAAGUCGUCACUAUCUGAAGUGAAGGUAGCCGUUGUUGGAGCACCUGGGGUUGGAAAAAGCGCUCUGACUGUGAGAUUCUUAACAAGGAGAUACAUUGGAGAAUAUGAUCAUCAGGCAGAAACGAGGUAUAAGCAUGAAGUCUUAGUUGAUGGUGAGCCUGUUUUAUUUGAGAUCCUAGACACAUGCCCCAAGGCUGAAGAUGAGCUGCCAAGCAAUGAAACAUUGAACUGGGCUGAUGGAUGUCUGUUAGUUUAUGCAAUCACUGAUAGGAGAUCAUUCAAUUACAUUCGCAGAGCCAAACAGAUACUGAGUGAUAUGCCUCUGGUUCUAGUUGGCAACAAAGGUGAUAUGGUGCAUUUGAGACAGGUCUCCACUGAAGAAGGCGAAAUUCUUGCCAAAGACUACGAGUGCUGGUUCAACGAAGUGGCAGCGGCGGAACAGGUGCAACAAGUGGGCGAAGUGUUCCACGAACUGUGCCGAGAAGUGCUGAGUGCCAGACGCAAGAACAAACAGUCUCUGCUGGACAGAAUGCUCGGCAACAAGGCCACUGUUCGCACCUAUGCCCGUGGCAAGAGCGACAGUUCGCUACCUAAAGACUGACUUUUGAUUGAUUGACUUUAUUGACAAGCAAUGAGGACUCAAAGUGAUUUUUGAACGGAAUCAUCAAGCCUAUACUGUGUAUGUUUACUACCACAGAUAAUGGAUUGUUAAGCAUGUGCACCAUGAUAAUAUUGAUUUCUUUGUCUGUGAUUUAACUCUGGUUCAAUCACGAGGAAAAGAUUUAGAUUUUAUACAAAAAUCCACAGGUUGCGAUAAGUUCACAAUAUAUGUUAAAUAUACCAAAGAUAGAUCUAUAUAAUAUUGUAUAAAUAUGUUAUUAUAUACUUGAGCGUUUUGCAA